AUGACUGUGACGGAUCUCGAUCUUCGCGUGACGCUCUCAUUAAUUUUGGUUUCAGACUCAGCGAACGUGUUACUCCUUCUGGAAAUUCCAGAAGCAGAUCCAGAUCCUGGUCAGCGUUACAGUCACAAUCACGUCGAGAUGCUUCUAUCGCGUGUUCCGAUUGGCUGGCCGCACGGCAACUCAAUCUCCGCCACCGUCCAAAUGUCAGUAAUCUCUCCCCCUGCUCCAAGUUGCACUCCUUUCCCAUUGCCUUUUCUUUCCGCCCUCUUCCGCCAUCUAGGAACCGCCAAGCUUCUCCAGGGAAAAUUUAUAUAUGUUUUUUUUUGUUGCCGAACAAAUCGCAAUGAUACCAUAUCGGGGGGAAGGGGGGGACACUGCCGGGGCUAUGAAACGUUUCUCGGCCUUGAACAACCAUCACAGCGUGCGAAACGCAGCUACCCCGACGUUUGGACAUGGUAUGCGAAUCACUACAUGUACCAUGUACCAUGUACCGUGGCGUCAACUGACUGCAGCAGUCAUCAUACCCUCAAUACGUCCAAGCCGCUGCUGCCACCAUCUCCCCUCGUCGUCGAACCCGAACAAAAUUUUCCACUUUUCUUUUCUCUCAUACGCGGCGCUGUUGCUGCCCGCUCCGGUCAAGUCGGAUCUAAGAUCUCGUCACGCAUGGCGCAACACUACGCUUUCAUGCCUGUUUUUACCGGGCCUGUGUCGACUCUGUCCUGCCCCCUUCUUAUAUCAGACCAAUCGCACACAUCUUCAUUCUGCGCUCUUCACAGCAAAGAACCAUCUCUUGUCAGAGUUUUCCUUAUCUUUACCGUUCACCUGAUCUUUGUUUUUUUGUGA